AAUGGACAGGCUUGGGCGAAAGCCACCGUCGCCUUCCACGAAGGCCAUUGCACGGGUAAUGCCGUCCUGGGCAUGGACAUGGGCAUGUGACAUGAGCCCAUAGCAAAUGCAGGAAUCGAGAUGCUGAUGCUGCACUGUUGCUGGACGAAUCGCCGACUUCGAAGCCAAUGGGAGGGUGGGCAGGGCUCCAGCAGCGUGGCUGGCUAUCAGAACACCUCUUCCCACCAUGUGUAUUCUCUGACCGUCCAAGAGGGGUAGGCGAGGCUGCCAGCUCAUCUGGGGUCUCGAACGCGGGAUGGGUGAUGGCGACUCUCGUGGCAGGUUGCAUGGCUCCAAAGCCUCUUCUGCUUGGUCGAUGCAGCCUUUACCGUGAAGAGCGACAGGGCUGGCGUCCGGGCGGUGUGGAUCGUCCAAUGGCGCUCGACCGCCGAGGGGAUGAGACGGCACAUGAGGCUCUGCUCGUAAAAAUCAGGCCACAGAGCCCAUCCGGCAGGCCAAAAAGCAUCCCCCCGAGGGCGAGCCAAUUUGGCCCUGUUAUUUCGCGCUAUUUCCUCGCCGUCCUGGCCCUAGUCGCUGGUCGGCCCGGCUCUAUCCACCUCCUGUUUGGGCUAGCCAAUCUGACAGUCUAGCGCGCGGGAAGGGAUCUCGCUGGGACCGCCAAUCCAUUUCGCCGGGUGUCCGUCCCUUCCAAAUCGGGUUUCAUGGCGCUCGUCUGCGGGGGUGCAGCGCACAGGCGAGGCCGACGCCGAAACCCAAACUCCACACCAUUUCCCCUUGCGACCGGCGAGGCCGACCAACGGUGGACGUCGAUAGUCGCGUCUUUGUGCUGUUUUACCGGGCGCGACGGCUCGUUCGCUAGGCUUUGACGAAGUUUGUCGCCUGCCACCGGUGUCUGGCGCGG